UAUUAGUCUCAUCUCUCACAAAGGGCUCAGCUCUUAUCUCUUCUUUUCUCAUGGCCUCACCACAAGCAACCAAAUUGUCUCUUAUAAUCGGAUCUCAAAGGUUGGCUUGUUGGGAGCACUGAGACAUCAAACAUGGUUUCUUCUUUCUUUCACCCUUAAAAAACCCCCCAAAUUAGCCCUAAAAUAAACCUCCCUUUUACAGUUUAAUUCCUCAAACCUAUCUCUCUCUCUCACACACCAUUAAAACCCCUUCACAAGCAAAAAAAAAAAGCUUUGAGCUUUAAAUGAGUUUAAGGUCCUCUCGAUCUCUACUACGGUUCCUGCAAAAAAAUAAAAAGAAACCCGGGUUAUUUCCUCGUGUACUUCUUCUUCUUAUCUCAUCUCUGCAUAAAUUUAACAAACUUCACUGAGAUCACUGAAAAAAAAAUGGAUAUGAGAAGCCAUGAAAUGAUAGAGAGAAGAAGAGAUGACAAUGGCAACAAUGGUGGUGUUAUUAGUAACAUCAUUACUACUAAUGAUGAUAAUUGCAAUGGUAACAACAACAACAACAACACUCGUGUCUCUUGCAACUCUCAAACCCUAGAUCACCACCAGUCCAAGUCUCCCUCUUCGUUUUCCAUCUCCGCCGCUGUUAAAUCAUCCACCGUACGGUACCGUGAGUGUCUGAAGAACCAUGCGGCUACCGUCGGCGGUAGUGUACACGACGGAUGCGGCGAGUUCAUGCCAAGCGGUGAAGAAGGAACUAUCGAAGCUCUCAGAUGUGCUGCUUGUGAUUGUCACCGUAAUUUCCACCGGAAGGAGAUCGACGGUGUCGGAAGCUCAGAUUUAAUCCCUCACCACCGUCAUCACCACCACCACCAUAACCAGUACGGCGGAGGAGGAGGAGGAGGGAGAAGACCUCCGCCGCAGAAUAUGAUGCUUAACCCACUCAUGCUUCCUCCGCCGCCGAAUUAUCAGCCGAUUCAUCACCACAAGUAUGGAAUGAGUCCUCCCGGAGGUGGAGGAAUGGUGACGCCGAUGAGCGUAGCUUACGGAGGAGGAGGAGGAGCUGAGUCGUCGAGUGAGGAUCUGAAUCUGUAUGGACAAUCUAGCGGAGAGGGAGCAGGUGCGGCGGCGGGGCAGAUGGCGUUUUCGAUGUCGUCGUCGAAGAAACGGUUCAGGACAAAGUUCACGACGGAGCAGAAGGAGAGGAUGAUGGAGUUUGCGGAGAAGCUAGGGUGGAGGAUGAACAAGCAAGACGAAGAAGAGCUUAAAAGAUUCUGCGGUGAGAUCGGAGUUAAGAGACAAGUCUUCAAAGUUUGGAUGCAUAACAACAAGAACAAUGCCAAGACACCACCAACUCCUUCUACUCUCUAAUCAAUCACUCAGAUCAUGAUUGGUUCAUCUUAAUUUGAGUGAUUAUGUAAGAGAUUUACUUUAAUAUCUCUUUGUUGUUGUGUUUUUUUAAUGUUUUUUCUAGGUUUUUGUAGUUUGUACGAUCUUUGGAUCAAUCAAUGGAUCUUUUGUUUGCUUAGUUAAUUAAUGUUUUUUAAUUUGGAUUUUGCUUUUAGUCUCUUUUUGUGUGUGUGUUUUUUUCUUUCUUUUUCAAAUUUUGUUUGGCUUUUACGAAGAACGACGUACUUGUAAUCGGCUUCUGUUACUUACUAGUAUUAGUUUA